AUGGAAUCUACUGAGGAUUUAAAAGCGGACGGCAAUAGAUUAUUCCAACAGGGUCGAUACCAAGAGGCUAUCGAUGCUUAUAGCAAGGCGAUAAUUAGGAAUCCUCAUGUGUCCACGUACUUCACGAAUCGGGCACUUUGUCAUAUGAACUUGAAAGCAUGGAGUAAAGCAGCGGAUGACUGCGCUAAGGCCGCAUUUUUGGACAGGAAUAAUGUGAAGGCGUACUACUUUGGAGGACGUGCUGCUAUUCAACUGGGGAAUUAUAAUGAAGCUAUUCGACUUAUUACAAAAGCCAAGGAAUUGGCAAGUAAUCAGAAAAUGAAUUUCGGAGAUGAAAUCCAUGCACAAAUGCGCCUCGCCCGAAGGGAGAAGUUUCGCUUGGAAGAGGAGAAGCGUGUAAAAGAAGAAUGUGAACUCCAAAUUGCUGAGGUACUGUCAGCUGAGUCGAGUGCUGAAAAUGAGCGUGGUAAGGAGAAGAACCAAAGUUUGGAAACAAUAACUCAAACAGGUGAACAACACAAAGCUCAACUGGACGCGUUAUUUGCGCAGGAUCCUGUGAUUACUCCGUCGGGUAUAACUUACGACCGUGCUGAUAUAAAGCAACAUUUACAUCGAGUUGGUCAUUUCGAUCCAGUGACGCGUGCUCCACUAACCGAAGCUGAUCUCAUUCCCAACCUCGCCAUGAAAGAAGUGUUAGAGCAUUUUCUCAUUGAGAACCCUUGGGCUAAAUACGAAGAUCUGUUGAGUUAA